AUGGCCGACGAUUCACCGAUCGAGCAAGUGCGACUGACAGUUCCUCCGACGGAUGAUCCGACACUGCAAGUGCUAACCUUCCGCACAUGGCUCGUCGGCAUGCCACUCUGCAUCCUGCAGACGGUGUUGCUCCGAAUUGGCGUUUUCCGGCGGCAGAUGAUUAGCAUAUCAUCCGUUUGUAUCGACAUCAUCCUGCUCAUAGUGGGGAAUCUGUUAGCCAAGGUUCUGCCGGAGAAAUCAGUGAGAAUCCCGGGCACAAGGUGGAGCUUUUCGCUGAAUCCUUGCCCCUUCAAUAUCAAAGAACAUGUCACCAUCUCCAUCCUUGUCAACUCAAUUUCGAGUCCCGGCUUUUUAAACAUCAGUAUAGCCAAGAUCUUCUACCAUAGAGAAAUUCAAUUUUGGCCAGCCUUAUUCUUGGUCAUAUCGACUCAGUUCUUGGGGUUUGGAUUUGCCGGUUUGUUCUUAAAAUUUUUAGUGGAUUCACCGUACAUGUGGUGGCCCGGUGUUAUUCCCAGCAUCUCAUUUUACAAAGCAUUACACGAGAAGGAUAAGAGGCCAAAGGGAGAAUUAUCAGUUUUUCAGUUCUUUUUUUUAGUCUCUGUUGCAGCUUUUGCUUACACCAUCAUUCCUUCUUACUUCUUCCAAUUCGAUUAA